AAUGGAAUACCGUCCUCCUAAUGGUUUCAUGAGCUUCCUUCAAGGCCAAAGUCAUCCAAACUUCACCUUGCCAGCCCCUCAGCAGCUUGGUUUCCAAUAUCCAAUGUUCUGCACGCAGCCGCCGCCACCACCAGCCAAGCACCACCCUCUUCCAUCAACGUCUAAUCCCAGGACCACAACUCCAUCGAACAAGCGAAAACGUGUCACAAUCGAUGUGGAAGCAGAUGAUGAAGAUAGACAGAGGUUGUACUAUACAAAAGAUGAGGACCUCAGAUUGGUGAGUGCUUGGUUAAGCAAAUCUGUGAAUCCAAUCGAUGGGAAUGCCAAGAAGGGGGAAUACUACUGGAAGGAGGUUGUUGAUACAUACAACAGCACAACAGAGAGUGACCGACAAAGGGAUGUGAAGCACCUCAAGAACCAUUGGUACAAAACAACAAAGAAGGUAACCUCUUUCAAUGGCUGCUAUAACCAGAUGAGAGAUACCUAUGCGAGUGGCCGGUGUGAUAAACAAUUGAUGCAGCAAGCGCUAGACCUGUACCAAAGCCGCAAUGGGCACCAGUUCCUGUAUGUGCAUUGGUGGGAAGCUGUGAAAGACAGCCAAAAGUGGAAGAUUCAUGUAUACACAGAAGGAGAUGGAACAAAGAGGUCAGGACCAAUACCAACUGAGAAUGCUCAGCGUCCCCCAGGAACAAAGAGGGCGAAGAAAGCUACAGGAAAAGAUAAGGAAGCACCUACUGAGAUGAAUAACAUGAAAGAACAGAUUGAGGCCUUUCUACAAGCACAAGCUGAUGCUAAGGAGCGAACUGCUGAGAUGAUGGAAUUGCAGAGUCGACUGUCUGCUCAGAAGGUAGAAGCUAAUCGACUUGCAUAUGAGGCAGCAAAGGAGAGGACAGUGGCCAAGUUAGCAGAGGAAAGAACAAAGUUGUUUGACAAGUUCACAGAUAUGUUGAAUGCUGACACAACAAGAAUGGAGCCAUGGGCAAAGGAGAUGCAUAUGAAGGCUGUUACAAGAUUGGGGGAUCAACUUUUCAGGGAGGAAUAGAAGAUGUUCUACAUAUAUGUCAAAAAAAGCGGAUUUCAUGUGCCAGGAAGCGUAGAAGAUGUGAGAUUUUUUUUUUUGGAAUGAGAAGAAUCAAAGGAUACAACAAAAAAUUCAGUCUGAAAUUUGAUUUGUGUGUUUACAAAUCUUUCCUUUAUGGGUAUUUGAAACCUUAAGAUUAUUCUGUUACUAUG